AUGGUGGACAAAGAAGGAGCUACUCGUGCAUGCAAGGAUACAAAUCCAAUUAUUGAUGGUCGUAAAGCUAACGUUAAUUUAGCUUACCUUGGCGCUAAACAACGUCCUAAUGGCAACGGUUAUUAUCAAAAUGGAACAGUACCAAAUCAUGUUAAUAUGAAUAAUAAUUAUAACCAAGCUACGACCAGAAUUGUUCAAAGCAGUAAUAAAUCUGGUGUAAUAACAACAACGAGUGGUUCUAAUUACCAAUCGACAUCACAAAAUCAACAUUUCGGAAGGAUUCAGCAGCAAUAUGCAACUGUAUAUCAACAACAAUAUUAUAUCCAACCAGUUCCUCAUGCGCAUCAAGCUAUGGUAACAUAUGCAACAACACCUUUAGCUCCAAUACAACAGCAGCAACAGCAGUCAGUUUCACCAACUUAUUAUGAUUACAUUCCUUAUUCACCUACUACUCAACAAGUUUCAUCUCCACCUUUUAUUAAUAGCAACGGCAAUCGUAUUUUCUUCGAUCAAUUGCCGUAUUAUAAUCAACAAUCACCCAUCAUGGGGCAACAAGUAUUUCAACAGCCGACCUUUUUACCUCAGCAACAAAUGCUAGUUGCUUCGGCUACAACACCAACUCAAUUUCAACCUCAACCGGUUGAUAGAAUCAUGUAA